GAACGGCUUCCACCGGGGAGCCGAGCAGCUUCCAGCUGCCAUGGCAGGCCAUUCCAAGAUUUAUUCCUGGGACAACAGAUGUGACAGAGUACAGCAAGAAGCUUCAGUUUUUGGCGGCCAUGUGGCCGAAGGAGCAUCUUUCCUUGUUGGCGCCCCGAGCGGCGCUGAUGUGCGAAGGGACAUCGUUCAAGAAGGUCGCCUCCCUGGAUGCCAGCAAGCUUAAGGCGAAUGAUGACUCGGGAGUCAAGCUGCUGGUAGCCACUUUAGGUGGUUCUUGGGGCAAGACAGCCCUGGAGGAGAAGUACGACAGUUUUGAGAAGGCGAUUUAUGGUACAACCCAGAAGGCCGACGAGACGAACGACAGUUACCUCGCAAGGCACGACGUUCACUUUGAAGAGCUGUUGGCAGCUGGAGUGAGCCUCGGAGAGGUCCGAGCCUACAUCUUGUUGCGGCAGUCCCAGCUCUCGGCAGAUGACCGGAAGCGGAUUGUCGUGGAAAUGGGUGGAACUUUGGACUACAAGAAGGUUUGCUCAGCCAUAAGGCUUCUUGGAUCGCGGUUCUUUACUGACCUGCAGGGCCAGCGCAGUGGGAAGACCAAGACCUACGAGGCCAACUUCGUGGAUGAGCCAACAAGCGAGGAGCCAGAGCGUGCCUACCAGGCAUCGGCAGCUUUGGCCAACGAUGAUGGCGACGGCGACUUGGACAACGAGUACAUCGAGGCCCUUGUCGCGGCAGAAGAUCAAGAUGCUAUGCAGGUGCAGGCCUUCGAGGAGGAGCUGGAGGGUUUCUUUCAAGAAACCCCUGACUUACAGGAGGCCUUGGUGAGCUACCUGGAGGCCAGAGGCCGUUUGCUGGCUAAGAAACGAUCCCGAGGUUUCUGGCCAGUUGGAUCGAGCAGCAAAGGUGCCAAAGGCGGCCGUGCACCGAAGGGAAAAGGAAAGGGCAAGAAUGCCCGAGAGCAGCUGCUUGCGAGGAUCAGCCGAAGCAAUUGCCGAGCAUGCGGCGAGCGAGGGCACUGGAAAGCCGAGUGCCCGAAGUACGGAAAGGGGAGCCAUCCGGCGGGAAAAGGCGAGACCGCCACUACCACAGUAGCCCAGGUCGAUGAGUCCGUCCUGGCGUCCACCGAGGAUCCCGAAGCUCAGGUGGCCGAGGUGUGUCAGGACCUCCCCGAGGGUGCUUUGACCCUGGAGGAGGAGAUCCGCACCAUGCCAUUGGAGGAACUCGGGAAGAUGAAGAUAGACUUCGGGAAAACCAUGACGGGACGCACCUACAUGGACAUGGCCGAGAACGAAACGGCCUGGACCAAAUGGAUCGUCGAGCAUAUGGCUCAGAGCAAAAAGAGGUGCCAUGUCAAUUUCUUGACAUUCAUGGAGCGCUAUGUAAGCGAAGCGGAAGCCGUGGAAGGCUCCCUCCUGGAAUCUCUGGAGGAGGUCGAGCCCUCAGCCCGGCGUGCUCGCCCCAAAGCCGUGGCCAAAUGCACGACCUCCCGCACCGUCGCUUCCACCGAAGCAAUUCCCGAAGCCUGGGAUGUCAUCUCCGUCGACGACCAAGGGCCUCCUCUCGAUCACCAGGUGACGGCACUGGCCAACCGCAUGAGCCAGAUGGAGAGUGUGAUGCAACAGGUUCUGGUAGCCAUCCAGGAUCUCAGCUCAGAUAAGGCUCAUAACCUGCUAAAGAGCAAAGCCCCUGUCCCCGAAUUGAAGCGCUUCCUCAGGGUUCGUGAAGGGGUGGAGUUGAUUAAGGAAGAGGACUUGAAGCCUCCCGCCUAUGUCGUUUUCGGCAUGUACGUGCAUGGGGGUAAAGUAGGUGUGACCCGAGUGUCCCGUGAAUUUCCCAACCUAACACAAGUCCUUUCCCGAAUCUGCCGCGAAACGAAUCCCCAGCAUCAGUUCACUUCCAUCACGAUAUCCCGAAAUACUCAAUCGUCUCCCCAUCGCGACAGCUACAACUCAGCCGAGAUUCCCAAUUUAGUAAUCCCUUUGGAGUAUCCGCGUGCUGGCGGGGAGAUCUGGGUUGAGCAGCCUCCGCGAUUCCAGCAGCAGAGUGUCUCUUUGACAUGCGGUUCCCGAGAACGUGAGGGAUCAUUGAUUCACCUAAAGCCCCAAGUCUAUGUAGAUCCGCAUCGUUGGCAUGCCACAAUGCCUUGGACAGGGAACCGAGCUGUUGCAAUUUGCUAUGCUGUCAAGCCUACUUGGAAGCUGGAGGCUUCCGAGGCCACAUGGCUGCGGACACAUGGGUUCGUCCUUCCGGACCUUCGAAGCGAUGCUCCUGCACUUGUCUCCCACGGGAGUCCAGAAAACCUCAAGGACACUUCGAGCCCUUCCCUGAGGCAGGAACUAGAUUCAGCUAAGCACUUCCUUGGUGAAUCUGCUUUGGCGAACCUGGCUUCCCGUGCCCGCGUCGCUAGUGAGUCAGCUUACAGCAAGGCUGAGGAGGCAUCCUGGAAUGUCUUCAAAGAUACUCUUCUGGCCUACGGCCAGCCCGAGGAUUCCCAGCUGGAUGUGCUAGAGGUUUAUGCUAGUCCAGAUAGCCGGUUGACGAAUUGGGUAAAUAGCAUGGGUGGACGUGCAAUGCGAUUCACAUCCCAAGAUGGGGAUCUGAGUACCCCGCAUGGACAACGUGUCCUGUGGGAGCUGCUGCAGAGAAGGACUGUCGGAGUGCCAUCCGCCACCACACCGCAUGAGUCUGAGCUCCCCACCACAGAGUGGCAAGCUCUCUUUGAUGCCUUGCAGUCUAAGUUUCCAGACUUUAACGUCAUGCAAGUGUUUGUUGGCAAAGGAUCCCGUGUAGCUGCGGACGGAGCUUGCAAGUUUGUUUGCCUGGGCCGCGAGGACCGUACCACAAUGGCAGCCGAUCGUAAAUCGGAUGAAAUCAUGGAGCAUUGGCAAGCUGUUAGUGCCCGUGUUUUCGUGAGCGCUGCUGCCUGGCAGCGUGGUCGCGUGGAGCGCCACGGGGAUAUCAUGAAGGCCAAGAAUGCAUUGGUUCGUCACCGGGGUUAUUCUCCCGAGCAGAUUGUCCUAGGAAAAUCCGUGAAGGUGCCAGGCAGCUUGACGUCUGACGAGGUGGAUCCUCACUUGGAAGGCUGCCGGCUGCCGAGCCUGGUGAGGAAAGUCGACGUGCCAAAGCUAGAGGGAAGAGCUUUGGUGCUGCAGACUGUGUCGUCUGCCAAGUUUCCUCUGAGCUCCUUCGAUAUCAAGACGGCCUUCUUGAGAGGCAAAGCCGACGCGAGCAAUCCUUUGGCCAUGGCUUAUGCGAUGUCCAAAGCUGUCGAUAUGCUUGGUUGGAUGAGAGCUCUGUGGGGAGUAGUGCAUGAAGCGAGGUUCGACUGGAGGCAUCUUGAGCAGGGCUAUCAGACCUUAAAUCCUGCAAUCGUAGUCACUGACUGCAAAUCAUUAUACGACCUGGUAACCCGCUUAGCGAUGCCCGCUUGCGAAGAAUACCGGACAACCUUAGAAGUGCUUCUCAUAAAGCAACGGUGUGCAGAAAACACCCGCUUCCGCUGGAUUCCGACGACGUUGCAAGCGGCGGACUGCUUGACUAAGAGUAUGGAUGCCAGUCUUCUGCGAGCUGUGCUCGCUCAGGGACGCUUUAAGUUGUUUGACAAUACCUUGACACUCGAGAAAGAUGCUCAGCGCAAGCAAGCCAUCCAGUGGCUUUCAGAUCCACCAGCUGGGUCUACCGAGCAGUGA